GUUUAUAACCCACGUUACUCACCCCGCACUCAGAUCAGUCUCUCUCUCUCUUCCCUCUCUUCUCUCUCACACUGUACAAUCAGCGGCGACUGAGUGUGAGUGACUUCGACUUCGACAUGUCAGGGAGGAAAGAAACAGUUUUGGAUUUGGCAAAAUUCGUUGACAAAGGUGUUCAAGUUAAGCUCACCGGUGGUAGACAAGUGACAGGAACUUUGAAAGGAUAUGAUCAAUUACUUAACCUUGUACUGGACGAAGCUGUUGAGUUUCUGAGAGAUCCUGAUGAUCCGUUGAAAACUACCGACCAGACAAGAAGUCUUGGCUUAAUUGUUUGUAGAGGAACUGCUGUGAUGCUUGUGUCCCCAACUGAUGGUACUGAUGAGAUUGCAAACCCCUUUCUUCAACCAGAUGGGGCCUAAGAGUGAAUGCGUGGAUAAAACACCUUAUAUAUGUAUGCUAACAAAGCCUCUCAUCAGUUUAGUUACUAAGCAUUGUUGUGAUUUGCCUAGUCGUGAUCGUGACUCUCCUAUGCUUUAACGCUUCUGACAAAAUCAGAUUGCAUUUUGUUUUACUGAUUAAAUUGAACUUCCUGUUAUGGGAGUUCAAAUGCUUAGAUGACAAUGUGAUAGACUGAUAUCUUUAUGUUUACUUCCUUUUUUGUCUAUUUGUUUUUUCUUUUUGUUACAACUUUUCUA